ACGCGUUUCCCUUCCUCAGACGCCCGCGUACGGAAACGUGCCCCGGGGGCCGGGCGGCGCUUUCUUGCGCUGCCUGCCGAGGCUCUCGUGGGCGGCGGGGCCGCGGAGGAAGGCUGCCGCCCCGCUGGAGGCCUCGCGGGCUCUCCCGGCGGCGGCGUGGCGGAUCUCUCUUCACGCUUUGCCGACAACGGAUGUGUUUCCAGGCUCUCCCCGGGGCUCCCGAGGAACCGCGCGCCGCCAUGGGCCCUGCGCUGCUGCCGCUGCUGCUGCUCGGCCUCGCCGCCCUCACCGCUCCAUCUGCGAGUUACAGCUGCUACGGGGAUGUGAGAGCGCUUCAAGCCCCCGCGGUUUCCUGCACGGCCGUCAGAGCCCCGGGCUGCGGAAUGGAUGCAGUAAAGAAGGCUGCUGAGACAGACAUUGUACGUCUGAGGAAAUAUGAGAUCCCUAUCAAGAGAGUAGCCAGAAAUCUGUGCUUAGACCCAGCGCUCAUCGCCGCCAUCAUCUCACAGGAGAGUCGUGCUGGCCUUCUCUUAAAUGACGGCUGGGACCAGGGAAGACGCAAGUUUGGCUUGAUGCAGAUUGAUAGACAGCAUCAUAACCUUUAUGGAAGCUGGGAUAGUGAAGAACACAUAAAUCAAUGUUCAAAUAUCCUAGUUCUGGCGAUUAAUGAAGUUCGGGCAAGAUAUCCUACCUGGACCCAGGAACAGCAGCUGAGAGGGGGAAUCUGCAGCUAUCAUUCAAAGGUUGGCAAUGUCCAGGUCUAUGAUGAAGACCCAUGCCAUGGAGACAACUCCUAUGUCAAUAAUGUUAUUAGGCGAGCCCAGUACUUUAAGAGGCAUGGGUUCUAGCUCAUCAGUGAACCCCCUCCCAGAGCUUCUUUACAGAUGGACUGGUCUUCUCACAACUUGGGGAGAGACAGGAACAUCUGAGGAAAAUUAAUGUUUCAUAGGCUAACCCGAUAGUGAUUGUAGUUUCAAAACCAAUUCCUCCAGGGUUUCCUGGUGAGCAUGUGCUGGCAGCAUGAAUAAAGGACUUGCUGCAGCAUCCAGUGACCCCCACCCCAUCCUCAUCUGUCCCCACUCAUCUGGCAGAGGGAACAGGCCAUUGCCCAGGGGUGAGCUCAGCAGUGCCUACCAGAGAAUACCAGGGACUGUCAAGAACUAGAAGAGCUCAGGACCUUUAAAAGGAAGAUGGGAACAGGCUGGUUGUGUUUAAAUGUUGGAUUCGGAAGGAUUCACCUCCUCCCAUUUGGGGCUGAAUUUGGGGCUGACUGCGUGUCCCCUAGAUGCAGAUGUACAAGUUGUACUGUUCCUGUCUCCGUCCCCAUCCACCCAUCGAAAAAGGAGGAAAAGGUCCCCAAAGUUAAACGCCUUCUUUCCUCUUGAUUAUGCUGGCUACAUGGCAAUGAAGAGACUUCUCUCUGAGUCUUUGAUCUUUGGAUGUUUCUGCAUUAGUUGAUUAUUCCUGUGGCCAGCCUCACAAGGAAAACAGAAAAUACACUUGUUUUGGUCUCCUUAGCCCUGGAGCCCACAGCAGUGGCAUGGUUAGUAAAAUCUAGAGGGUAAAAAAGCAGCAGAAAUCCUCUAUAUUGGGAACACUGCAAGUGCCGUAGAAGGCAUACAUGUCAUCACAUGUCAGCAUCUGUCCUUCUGUCAGGAAUCCCAACUUUUAAUUAGGAAGUGAAUUGGAUUGGGGAUUAUAAACUUUAUUUUGAAAAGUGUUUUUCAAUGUGGAUGGAU